CCCUCUUUAUAUGUAUAUAUAUUGGGUUCUUUCAUUGCCUUCUCUUAGCUUAUAAAUCUAAACUACCCUUUAUUAGAUUCUUCAAACAAGUUGUUUCAUUUCAUAAACAAUUCGUUCAUUCAUAUUAUCUACCCCCGUUCUCAUCUCAAAGCAAUUCGUAUAAGCUGUAAAAAAGAAGGCCAUCUCCAUGACUGGGAAAAGAAACCAAACCAGCCCCGUCGGCAGCCCUUCGUCCGGCAACAUAUCCGACAGUUCUUCUAAAGAACAAGACCGGUUCCUCCCCAUAGCUAACGUGAGUCGGAUAAUGAAAAAAUCCCUCCCCGCCAACGCAAAAAUAUCCAAAGAAGCCAAAGAGACAGUGCAAGAAUGUGUGUCGGAGUUCAUCAGUUUCAUCACCGGCGAGGCUUCCGAUAAGUGUCAGAGGGAGAAAAGGAAGACCAUAAACGGGGAUGAUCUGUUGUGGGCAAUGACGACACUGGGUUUUGAGAAUUACGUGGGUCCUCUCAAGGUUUACCUCAACAAGUAUAGGGAAACCGAAGGGGAGAAGAAUUCCAUGGCUAGGCAAGAAGACCAUCACCAUCACCAUCACCAUCAAUCACCCACAUCGUACGGUUUGAUCAGCCAUGGUGGGGCUAAUGAAUUCAACAAUGUAAAUGCGGGUAUAUCGUCGUCGGCUAACGCUGCCGAUCAUUUCCAGGGGUAUAACAGUGGUGGUGGGGGAUUCUUUUCGCUAGGGUCUCACCCGCAGAGUUAUGGAGAGAAUUUGAUGGCAGCUGCAGGUGGUUUUAACACAAGCAGGAUGGGAGAAAAUGGUGAUGGAAAUGGUAAUAGAACCAUGGCAGCCCAUUUUCACAGGGUUGACUGGUAGUAGUUUGAAAACUCCAAAGAUACAAAUAUAUAUAUAAUUAUAUAUAAGUUGAAGUUAAUUUUUCUUUGUUUAAUUUUGAUUAACUAUGGAAUGACUGUAUUUAAAGGUUUAUUAGAAGUUUUGUUAAUAAAGUUAAUGUUGAAAUGCAGAGUUAAUUAGUUGGUAUAGAA